UAAAAUAAGCCCUAUGAUUAGGUUUAAUGAUUUAUAAAAUAACUGUAGAAAAAAGUGCCCCUUUCAAUGUUUUAUAAUGUUUACCGCAGAGAAAAGUGCACCUUUCACCACCUUUUCACAUGCCCUUUUCAAAUCCUAGAUUUAACAGUAUCUCCAGAACCACUAAGCAGAUUUCUACCAAACUUGGCACAAAGCAUCACUGGGUAAAGGGGAUUCAAAUUUGUUCAAAUAAAGGGCCACGCCCUCUUGAAAGGGGAAAUAACUAAGAGUUAUUGAAAAUUUGUUGGUAUUUUUGAAAAAUCUAAAAAAAAAUCUAAAAAACUUUCAGGCCAGAAAAGCUCAAAUUGGAGUGAAAGCAUCAUCAGAUAGUAUAGAUUCAAGUUUCCCGGGGGUAGGGUGGGGCCACGAGCUCAAGCUCAAGUAGGCUAUUCUGAUCACAUUUUGUCCGUCGUCCGUCUGUCUGUAAACUUUUUACAAUAUGAACUUCUUCUCUAAAACUGCUUGGCCAAUUUCAACCAAAUUUGGCACAAAGCAUUUAAUGGGAAUGCGAAUAUAAAUUGCAGAAAUGAAAGACCGAUUUUUAUUGAAAGCGGUGAAAACCUCGAAUCUGUAGAAAAACGGGGGUGCAUUUAUAAAAAUCUUCUUCUCAAGAACUGCUUAGUCAAAUUCAACAUAAUUUAGCAUAAAUAAUAUUUAUGGAAAGGAAAAUAUAAAUUGCAAAAAUUAUGGGCUAAUUCUGUUUCAAAUCUGAGUUUUUACGAAUAUAAUGAUAAAGGAAAGGCAUGUUUCAAUCAGUUUAUAGCUUUGGGUUCGGUAUUCCAUACGAGUCUUGGUAAAAUGGGUAGGCAAACCCGGGCUGGGACAAAAUAAAAGCCGGAUCAAAUCGAGAUUUUUUAAUUUAUGUCGAUAAUAAUUAACCAAUGUCAUUAAAAUUUUGUUAUGUCUUGCCACUUCCGGAAUCAUAUUAGAUGUGUGUUGUGCAUGUCCAAAUCAGUGUGUUGUUGUCCUAAGGAGCGGGUGGAGGUGGUCCUCUACGCUGAUAAAAUUUAAUCACUACGAGAAAGUGAUAUUGUAAAGUUUAUACAAGUUAAAGAUUGAAAUUAUAUACAUGCUUGUAGUGAAGCUUCUACAAUGUGACAAAGACAGUGUCUUUAAUGAAAAAGCUAGGUUUUAUUAUUAAUUGGAAAAAAAUCAGUGUUGGAACCUAGCCAGGUCAUUCAAUAUCUUGGUAAUAUCAUCAAUACUACUGAUAUGACUGUUACUUUACCGCUAGAAAAGAAAAUAUGCAUAGAAGAUACUUGUAGAAAAAUUAAGGAGAAAGAAUUCAUAUCAGUUAGGUCUUUAGCAAGUUUGAUUGGAGUACCGUAUUUUCCCGACGACUCGUCGAUGCGGACGACUCGUCGAAUUGCUCAUUUUUAGCCAAAAUUUUAACAAAAUCCUACGAUACGUCGAUUCAGAUGACACGUCGAACUUAUCGCUUCAAAAUGGUGUAUAAAACUGCAGUAACAUUAUCAGUGUAUGAUGCCACGAUGUCCCCAAUAUUGCUACCAACUAUUAUUAAUGAUUAACAUUUAAACAAUUACUCUUUAUACUUAUGCAUCAUAUUUUCAAAUACCGACAACAUCUACAAAGUCGCUUGCAUUGUAAACAAUUCCCGAUAUCGCCUGUUAUGCAAAAUUAAACUUACUUUGACAGAAAUAUUUUAUUCCCAUGCAUUAAAAUAAUCACCCACUCUGACCAUCGCCAGUGUAUUCGCCAUUACGUAACCAGCCACCUGUUGACUCGGCGCGUGGUCAAUGUUUGUUUAACAAUUUCCGGUGUCAGAGGCAUGCACCUGUCUCGUGUCGGACUUCAAAGGGGGAUCUCAAAUGCAGAAAGCUUAGCAAUUACUAUGAUUUGAUGAAACUUGUUUACUUUGUAUCCAGUAAUACAGUCACACGCUAUUAUUUUAAAGAGACACUGUUAGAAUACAUCGAUCAUUUGUACGACUUGAUAAUGACGAUAUACGACAUACAUACGUUUCCUAAAUUUUUUAUUUAACAAUAAUCAAAGAAUUGGACAAUAAUUAAUUAAUGAACUAUAAUCACUCUUAUACCGGUACUCUUUAUGUACACAGUGAGUGAAAUUGCCGUAUAGAUGUCAGCCUUAGCAAGAUUAUUAACACAACCGGGAUCAGUCUACCGUAUAAACAAUAGAGAUGAUAAUUGCCGAUUACGUAUUUUAAGAUUAAUUUUGACCAUAAAAUAUUUCUUAUUUAUACUUUUCACUAACAACUCUUUACUAAUAAAAUAAUAAAACUUUAAAACAUUCCCCGGACCUACUGCAAUAUUUUUUCCAUCCAAGUUUGGUUUCAAUUUUACUGCGCAAUAUUAUCUUCCCACUAUAGUAAUAUAUGGAAUCAUGUGACAAUCUGUUUAUAAAAACGGAACGGUAAAACUUUUAAUUGAUUAAAAAAAUACACCAUUGUUCAAUAACUGUUAUUAAUAUGUAUUCUAGUGUUAACAGAUGAGUGAAAAUGAUAAUAAUUAAAGAUGAACAUUGAAUUCAACAACGUAAUUUUCAAUAACACAGCCAGCUCAAGAUGAUUAAAACCGAGAUUUUUAAUAAAAAAAUUUCACAAUUUUCUGACCUCAAGCCUUAGACAAGUCGAUCAAGACGAUAAGUCGAGUACUCUGCUUCAGAGAAAAAAAAUACCGACUUAUCGUCGGGAAAAUACGGUACUUGUAUCAUCUUUUAGUGCGGUUGAUUUUGGACCCUUGCAUUAUAGAAUGUUAGAAAAAGAAAAAAUUAGAUCUUUAAAAAUGCACAAAGGAAAUUUUGAUGGUCAGAUGAGAGUUUCAAAGAAUAUGAAAGAAGAAUUAAAUUGGUGGAUUUCUAAUAUGUCACUAAAGAGAAUCAUCAAUAGGGGUAAUCCGGAUAUGACUAUCACAACUGAUGCUUCUAAUGAUGGAUGGGGAGCAGUCAAGGAAGAUGUUAAUACAGAGGGCAACUUCCACUUAAUCUGAUAGCAGUUAAUCAAAUAAUUCGGUUAAUCUGAUAUAAUAUCAAAACACCGAACCAUUUCUUAUACAUGUAUAUCCCUUUAUAUUUUUUCCUGAUAAUCUGAUUGGAAAAAACGUCAUUUUCGGUUAAUAUGAUAUGAUUAUGACCGUGUUAUAAUGAUUCCCCACCCUCUAACACCUGUAUAUUCCUUUGUUUAAUUAGUUGACACCCCUCUUGUGUACAAAGUAACUCUUUACAAGGCAUUAGUUUCACUUCAACGCACACGAGUGGCUCACUUCUUCGUAAGAUGAAACCUACCGACAUCGAUAAUAGUUACGGAUGACCGCACACAGGACUGACCUUACCUGUGUACACAUUUUACUGUUUGUUUAUUUACCAAUUCACUGUGUUAAUUUCAUGCUAGGCUUGCACCAUUAAGAAUUAUUUAAACAUGUAAUUUCUGAAUCAAAACUGACUGGCUUGGGAACAUGUGACAUCGAGGAAAAUCUGAUUACUUUCAAUUUAACAUCAGGGUAGAAAACUUAAUGAAUAAAAUUCAAAUAAUUUGUUAUCAUGCAUAAUUGAUUAUUUAAGAGCAUUCUAUAUACCAGAAAAAGAAUUAAAUUAAAUUGUCCAGGUGAAAAGAGGGAAUGUUCAGACAGAUAGCCAUUUCCUCGUACGUAUUACUUCCUGUCAAAAUGGCGGCCACGUUGAAACCAUCGUAAUGAACAGUGAUGAAGAGAAACAUUUUCUUUUGAGCAUUUACAAACAAAAUAAUGGUUCAUUGCUAAUGCAAGGUAAAUUAUUUCAUUUCAAACUAUUGAGAAACAGAUUAUAUCUUUUUGUUGAUAAAUUAUGUAUUGAAACAAGUUGUAUUUUAUUCUAUACCAAAAUUAAAGAGCACAAAAACACUAAAUUGGUUAAUAUGAUAAUCGGUUAAUCUGAUAUUUUUUCUUUGACAAAUUGACUAUCAGAUUAAGCGGAACCCUCUGUAUUGGUGGUAGAUGGAAAGACAAUGAAAAGAUACAUCAUAUCAAUUUUUUGGAAUUGAUGGCUAUUUAUUUGGCAGUAAAGUCAUUUUGUAAAUCCUUAGAAAAUUUUCAUUUGAAAAUUUGCUCUGAUAAUACAGCAACAGUAGCUUAUAUUAAAGGGUUUUUAUCACAUUUUCAAAAAAGUUGAGAAUCAAACAAAAAUACCUUCUAAUAACACAUAAAUAUUGAUAUAGCAUAAAAUAAGCAUCACAAACGGCCGCAAUUGUCUGUUAAAAGGGUCCUAAAUUGGAGCUCUCGCAGUUAAAAUUUCCGCUAAUGAGAUAGGGGUCACGUGGUGCUGUGUGACGUCAUAAGUGUCAAUUCUUGAAAAGCUCAUCGUAGUGUAUACAUAGAUCGAGAUAACUUUGACAGAAAUAAAACAAAUCCCAAAAAUGGAUGACAGAAAUUAUGACUUGGAGGAUAUUCCGUUGGUAAUGGACAUACGACCUUACAUGUUCGAACCUCCAGCAGAGUGUGUAAAUCAAGAAAAUUCUACGCAAAGUAGCGAAGAAAGUGAGUGUGACACCGAGGACAACCCAGGUCAUCGACGGAACGGAACGAUUUGGUGCGAGUGUGGAUCAUGCGAGGUGAUGCCCACUGAAGCAGAGUGCAUUUGUUGCUCAGAGAUACCAGCCAUUGACCACAUCAGAGACUCCUUCGGUAUAGAGUGCAUCACUCAGCACCAGACAUUUAUAGACAACUGCUUGAACAUUCAAGUUUUAGAGGUCAGCCUUUAUGACUAUAUCCAGUCUGAUGGGCCCAUUGAUGACAAUGAACCAAUUAAUGAAGUCUACAGAUAUGUUGCAUACAGGAGGUUUGUCUUAUGGGUUUGGCAGCGACUAGGCAAGGGGAAUCGAAAAAUCCUUCCAGCAUGUGUUGUUUCCAAUAUAAGGGACACCUUCCCGUCGGAGCAGUAUACCGGUUUCAUGUAUCCACGCCCUAUUUAGAACACUCAAUGACUGAACCUGGAACGACGCGUAGCUAUCAGAUCUUCUUUUACAAAGCCCUCAAAUCCUAACGUCAGUGCUGGUGGGCAAUAUCCAAGGGACAUGUGAGCGUCAUCAUUGGACUGAGUGUAUGAGGGAUGCUGUCUUCGUCGCUCGCAUAGAUUUAUCCGGAGGAUAUCUACAUAGUCUGUGAAAAAAAAAUUGAUCAUGUAGUUUUAUUCACAUCAACAAUGAAAUUUGUAAAUUAUCAAACUGUGAUGUAGUGAGUUAUAAAUAUGUGUUGAGCGGAAUAACAAAUUAAUUUAAAAAAUUUUGUUUGUUCUGAUUUAAACUGACACAUGCAACAUUAUAAGUAAAGAAUUAAUAAGUCAAUACGACAGGCAAAUAAGAACAUACCAAAUGUAACUGCUGUUUUCUUGGGCUUUUCAACAGCUUGGGUCC